AUGCCCAAGAAGCACACGCCCUCGUAUACAACAGCCAAACCCUCCUAUGUCCACCCCUCACUGCAGAGUUCGCGUUCCCCCGCAUCCUCUUCCGCGCCGUCUGAACCCCAAACCGUCAAUCAGCGUAUACAACAGCUGCGGCGCGAACAAGCUCCAAGAGCAACACCCGAACAGCGAGAUGAGCUCACAUCGGUAGUAAGCAGCCGUACUGUUCCGCCAGAGUUGCGGCGCAUAUUGCAUAUACCCGAAGUUAAUGCUCCCAAACCAAAGGCGAAUACAAGGACGCGAAGGGUCAUGGGUGGCGUGAGACCGCCACCCGGUCCUGCCGCGCCCACGAGCUGGCUGCAGACGAGUCGCCAUGCACCAGCGUAUAUGAGGAAGAAGAAGGCUGAGGCAGACAAGGGCGCAGCGAGGUUUGGCACGCUGGCCAGAGUCACACACGAGGAAUUGAAGCGCCUGCCACCACCGCGAAGCCUCGUCCACCAAUGUCUACGGUCGUUUGCCCAACAUUGGGAGGAGCUCGCCGAGUACGAACAACACUACAUACCAUCUCUACCCAUAUCACUAAAGGAGGCACUGCUGAGCUAUCUGACACUAUAUGGAGAGAAGGGGAGCCUAGACUUCAAGUCGCUUAAGAUAUUAUUCCAGGAUGAGGAAGGAACGGGCACAGCAGGGUGGGAAGAGGUCCAAUUCCUCGAUCUCAGCGGACUAUUGAGCGACCGCUUGAAAAUCAAUGAUCUUGGGAAAUGCGUCAAGCGUCCUAGUGUUAUCACCACUGUGGAUCUUGGAGCCCUUCGCGUCACCGACGAAAUUGCCGAAUCUUGGGAAGAAGAGGUUCGCGAGAGCGCGGUGGUACCAGCGAUGACGCUCCAAACUCCUUACUUCAGCAACCUGAGCCGGCUCUCUCUCGCCAAUCCUGGACAAUGGGCGUCAUGGCCCGAUCUACUUCGCAUCUCGCCCAACCUCAACAAGAUCACGCAUCUCUCGCUCGCCCACUGGCCCCGGCCUACGAUGACACCAAACGCAAAUACCACGUCCAUGGUCUCCAAGCAAACCAGUGUAUCACUGGGAGGAUCACAUUUCUACUCAGAUCUCGACGACGAUUGGCACGAAGCUACCAAUAUCCUACGUCGCUUCUCCAAAGACACAUACUCACUGCAAUGGCUCGACCUAGAGGGCUGCAACUGGCUCAAAGCCUUGACGACUCAUCCCGGCCGCACGCCAAUAGAUGCAAUUACGAGCACGGAAUGGAAUACGCAAAACGGGAUCCCAGGCCCCGACUGGAACGACGCCUGGCGCCGUAUAACCUAUGUCAACUUCUUUCAGGGCUGGAUCCCAAGCGAUAGCCAGAGUCUGCAGAAUAUGCCUGCGGGUAUUGUACCUGUGCAAUUACUCCGCUGGCUGAGAGAGAACAAAGACAAGGAAGAUGUUAAAUGGCGGCUGAACCCAGAGGAAACUGGCCAUGCCGUUGCCGAGUGGAUGAAUAGAGAGAAGAUUGCUAGACUGGUCGGGAUGGACAUCCAGGGCGUCCGUAAACGAGGCGAGGGCGCUUGGUGUCGGAUUGACUUUGGAUGGGGCGCUUCUGGCGAGAAAGGUGUAUGA